AUCGUUGGACACCCUAGUGUCCUUACUCGUGAACAUCAGCUGAGCCGAUCAUUCGUUCUGCUUUUUAAAAUAACCGGGUUAUGAUAAAUGGCGAUAUUCUGAGUUUGGGUUUCUAGCUGUAUGGCAGUACUUUUCACUUGUUUAUAGACCUAGCGCUGUGUCUGAAGGCAUUGAUUGCAUUCUGUAGCUGUCCUAUAUAUGUACGCUGCACUCUAAUCUGACCUGUUCAGUGAAGGGUAUUGUGAUCUAAAUUAGGCUCGCCAAAACAAGCUGUCCUGUUCGAGGUGGUAAACCCGUUUUUGUGAUCCACAAAGAUCAUGUCCGGACCAAAUGGAGAUCCAAGUGUUUCCAUCGAAGUGGGCGAAGACGACGAGUUCAGCGAGGAAGAGUACGCGGCCAUUAACUCCAUGCUGGACCAGAUCAACUCCUGCCUGGAUGACCUGGAGGAGCGCAACGACGUGCUCAAUGCCAAGCUGAAGGACCUGCUGGAGUCCAACCGGCAGGCCAGGCAGGAGUUCCGCGAGCAGGUGGCGCCCCCCCCGGGGGAGCCCGCUGAGGGGGACCGCGUGGAGCAGUGAGGGGCGACCAGGAGGAAAGCGUCUGGGGGGCGUUGGGGUGGGGCAAGGAGGAUGGUGGGGAAAAUAUGUUCAGGACUCUAUCGGGAAGCACUUUAUCCUGAGGUCACUUGCCAGUUUGUAGUCUACGUCAUUUGCCAGCUUGGAGAUCAGGCGGCAGGGCAGUGCAGCGAGCAUCGAGGAAUGAGGAAUGAAGAAACGCAGAACCGGUGGUGAUGUAAUCAGGAGAUGAAAUGGAUUAGCUGUCAGGUGUACGCUUCUUGGACCCUCACCGAUUCCUUCCUUCUUAUUUCAGUGACGUUCUGACUGUGGUUUGUUUGUGAACAGCCGCUGAGGCCCCGCGUCCGGCAGAGGAAUCCGACUCUGUUGGGCCCCUGAGCAAGGCCCUUAACCCCAAUACACUGCUCCAGGGGCGCCGUACAAUGGCUGACCCUGCGC